GUCACCGUCUUUGCAACUGUUUAUAAAACAUGUCUGCUGUUUGUCUUUUUACUUCUUUAUACUAUAGGCGGCAAUUUCCCAACAAUCACAAGAUGCAUUCGCUUCCUCUUUCCUUCUUCUUCAUACUCUUUCUUGCUGCGAGCUGUAAAGCAUUCUACUGGAGCGAGGUAGUCCCAGAUAGCAGCAGCACUAUCAAACCACCAGGAAGAGCUUAUGCUGGUCUGGCUUGGAAUGCAACAGACCUCUACCUCUUUGGAGGGAAAGCAGAAACAGGAGCACUAAGUGACACUUGGUAUUACUCGUUCUUCAUGCAAAGAUGGACUCCCUUGUCAUCACUUCAGAUUAAACCCAGUGCUAGGUAUGGCUUUGUUUCAGGACGGAUAGGAAACUACUGGUACAUAACACACGGCUAUUCUGAAAGUGACGGUGUAUUCGAUGACACUUGGGCUUUUCACUUUCCAUCAAAGUCCUGGAGCAGAGUGAACAUUAGCGGAGAGACUCCAACCGGUAGAUACUUUGGAGCUGGUGGGAUUGGAGGGUCUGGGAGUCAGUUAUGGAUGAGUAUGGGAGUCAAUGGAGUCGGUAGGAAGAUGAGUGACACUUGGACAUUGACUAUAAAUUCCUCUUCACCAUUGGAAGGUGUUUGGAAGAAAGUCUCAGAAGGUGUUGGUAUCAAUCAGUACAAUCCAGCACUGCCUCAUGCCCGGAGUCUAGCCAGUGGAUUACCACUAGGAAAUAACAAGUUUAUAAUAAGUGGAGGAUGUGCCAAUGGUGGCCAAGUUGGUGGUCCCUGCCCACUAGACGACUCGUGGGUCUAUAGUGACAACAAGUGGUCUCAGUUGAAAUCCUGCUCCGCCCCAUCUCACUCGGCUUCAUUUGUACCACUCAAUUCGCAGUCGACUGACGUGGGGAUACUGUAUGGUGGGAGUCAGGCUGGCCCUAGAGCAGUCUCACAGGUCAUAUCUGGUAGCAAGUUGAAUCCAUCCUAUCUGUCUAUUUUCAACAUUUCCUCGAUGCAGUGGAGUAGGAUAGAGGUUGAUGCUGCUCUAGGGGUUCCUGCAUUACGUAGUGCUACACAGAUGGCUCCAGCUGCUAAUGGAGUCUACAUGUUUGGAGGAAUUGAUGAAAAGUGAGUCCCAGUAAUCCAAUGAAACAGUUUUUAUCUCAGUCUACUCAUUCUCCAGCGGUAAUUAUCUUAAUGACAUUUGGUUAUUGGAGAGAAGGUCGGUCAAUGUGACAACUGUACCUUGUCAAACGACUUAUUUUACUUUUCUACAUCUUCAUGGUAUCUUCAUGUACAUUGCUUGGGGUCUCAUGUUACCGUUUGGUGCUCUAUUGGGCCGUUACUAUCAGUGGAGCUGCAAGAAAUGGUUUGUAGCUCACGUUGUACUCCAGGUUUUAGGUACACUCUUCACUUUCAUUGGAUUCGUAUUAGUAUUCAUGGUCAGUUCCCAGCCAUCGUUCCCCCAUGGCGUGAUUGGUAUUGUAUUGAUGUUCUCAAUCAGUCAACAGUUCCUCACUGGAUUUAUUCGUCCAUGGCAUUGCAAGAAGUCAAAGGGACAAUUUCAAAAUGCUGACAGCUUUAGGUACAAAUGGAAACAGUGUUGGAGGAUAUAUCAUCAAGUCAGUGGUCUCAUCUCAAUAAUGCUGGGAUUCGUGCAGAUAACGCUGGGAGUGCUCUUGAUCAAUGGUCCUUCCUCUGUGUGGAUCAUUUGGUCUCUCUUGCUCUCAAUGUGGCUCCUUGUAUUCUUAGGCCACGAGAUUGCUCACUUCUCUUGCUCCAAGCUAUCCACAAAACACUCAAAGAUUCAAAAUAACUAACUAAAAAAAGACGCUUUGUAUCUGCUAAUUUUAACUCCAAUCACUUUUGUCAUUUAUUCAUUCACUUAUAUUGUAUGCAGUUAUAUUUUGCUUAUGAUAAUUUUCCUAUGCUUUUAUGAAA